AGAAGAGAAUGAGUGGCUAGCAGUGGUGCAAGCUUCCCCCAAGCAACAAGCAGCCUCCAUUGCACUCUCAGUCUUUCUUCUCUUUACCUUUCUCCCACCUUCCUUUUCCUCCUGCUUCUCCUUAUUUCCCUUCUCCAGUCCAACAGUCCCUUAAUGGCUUUGUCAUUGAAUUCCUUUCUCCCUCACACUCACCACUCUUCUCUCUUAAAGCCCCUGUCCUCUUCAAAACCCACACCAAUCUUUCUCUCAAAAUACCCACUUUUUAGCUUUAACCAUGUGCUCCCUAAAAGCAAUUACACAAGAUGCCAUGCGGUGACAGAUAUAGGGAAUUUUGCUUCUUCUUCACCUUCACUUGAUCAAGAAGGGGAGGAUCAUAAGGUUCUUUUAGGUCCUUCUACUGAGCAGGAAAGGAAGGGGGAAAGGGUUGUGGCUGACUAUGAUUGGACUGAGGAAUGGUACCCACUCUACCUCACCAAGGAUUUACCAGAUGAUGCUCCUCUUGGUCUCACAAUCUUUGAUCAGCAGGUUGUGUUGUAUAAAGAUGGCAAUGGUGUGCUUCACUGUUAUCAAGAUCGAUGCCCUCACAGGUUAGCCAAACUAUCCGAAGGUCAGUUGGUAGAUGGAAGGCUUGAAUGUCUUUACCAUGGGUGGCAAUUCGAUGGCGAGGGGAAGUGUGUUAGGAUACCUCAGCUUCCAGCUGAUGCCAAAAUUCCUCGAACAGCUUGUACUAAAACAUAUGAGGUGAGGGAGUCCCAGGGAGUUGUAUGGGUGUGGAUGUCACAGAGGACACCACCAAAUCAUAAUAAACUACCUUGGUUUGAGAACUUUGCAAGGCCUGGGUUUCAAGAUACCUCAACCACUCAUGAGCUUCCAUAUGAUCAUUCCAUUCUCCUUGAGAACCUCAUGGAUCCAGCGCAUAUCCCAAUCUCACACGAUAGGACUGACUGGACUGCCAAAAGGGAAGAUGCACAGCCUCUUUUGUUUGAGGUGACAGAAAGAACAGAUCGGGGAUUUGCAGGCUGGUGGGGUAGAGAGAAAGAUGGAUCCAUGCCAAACUUCUUACGCUUUGAAGCACCAUGUGUUCUUCAGAAUAACAGGGAGAUCAUUGACAAAAAUGGAGAGAAACACUAUUUCACAGGUCUCUUCCUCUGUAGGCCAACUGGACAAGGAAAAUCUAUGCUCAUUGUGAGAUUUGGAGGAACACUAAGAUCCCCCUUAGUGAAGUUCUUCCCCGAAUGGUAUUUCCAUCAGAAUGCAAGCAAGGUUUUUGAGCAAGAUAUGGGAUUCCUUUCAUCCCAGAAUGAGGUUUUAGUGAAGGAAAAGGUUCCAACAAAAGAGUUGUACCUUAAUCUGAGGUCCUCAGACACUUGGGUUGCUGAGUACAGGAAGUGGAUGGACAAAGUUGGACAUGGAAUGCCUUAUCAUUUUGGGCACAGCACCAUUUCUCUGCCUAAACUACCUGCUGUGGUAGAACAUGCACCAGCUGGACUUGUUGCAGGGGUUUCAGCAUCAUUCCCAGCCAAAGGAGGGAUUGGAAUGAUGCAUGCUCCAAAUUUGGCUAACCGAUAUUAUCGCCAUGUAAUCCAUUGCAAAGGUUGCAGCAGUGUCGUCAAAAGUUUCCGUGCAUGGAAAAAUGCCCUCAGUGCAAUUGCCCUUGUGUUGACUGCCUUGGCUAUCUUAGCAUCUGGAAGACAGUGGAAGACCUUUCUAUUGGCAUCAGCAACCUUGUGCUUGGCUGGGGUCUAUGCAUGCUCGACUGCGAUUGCAAUAAACACAACAAACUUCAUACGAACACACCGAAGAUUAUGAACUUGUAAGUUAUACCUCAUUUCCUCUUGUUUCAAAUUGUCAAGAACUCGAAUUCCAUGGCAGAUGUAGUGUAUUUUAAACAUCAAGGUUCUUAUAAUGCAAAAACCAAGUAUCACCUUAUUUUUACCUUCCAAAUGUGAUUAUUAGGAUGAUAUGGAUAUCCUCGUGGCAUUUUUUGCUUCAA